AUCAAACGUCAAUUGAUCCAAAACCAAAGUCAAUCAAGUUUGCAAGCAUUUUGUAAUUUUAUUUAAUGUUAUUUCCUGAGAUGAGAAUAAAUUUACGAAUAAAGUAGUCUAACAAUCUGAUAAAUCAACAAAACAUCUUGAAACAAUGGCCAAAGAAAGCAAUAUGUCGUUGUUUCAUGAUGUAUUGGAGCCGUUUAGAAGAGUAAUAAACACUGAUCCGCCAAAAGACAAGUUAUCGGCGUCUUCAAAAUUAAAUUUAUCUAAUAGUGAUGCUUCUAUUAAAGAAAGUAUAUCUAACCUAUUGUCUACUAAACGUAAAUCAAGUCUGGACACAUCUGAUUUGUUAACACCAGAGAAACGUCCUCGCAGAGAGUCAUCUACCAAUUCGCCGGUACCACCUUCACCAUGGGAGGCAAAGAAAAUGAAAAUAGAUCUCAUUGCUGCUAAAGCUCAGAUUACAAAACUGGAAGCUCGAGUCAAUCAUCAACAUUCAAUACGUAAGGAAAUGCAAAUACUGUUUGAAGAAGAAAAAGCGUCACUGAUGGAUCAACAUAAAAGAGAUGAGAAAGCUUUAGCAGAUAUGGAGGAGAGAUUGCAAGUGAUACGUAGAAGAGAGCAAGAGUUGAGAGAUGAUCAUACCACAGCUGUAAAAGAACAUAUGGAGAAUAAAACAAAAUGGGAUAAAGAGAGGUUAGAACUACAGAAGCAAAUCGCGGACCUUAAAGAUAAGUUGUUGGAGGCUAAUGUAAGCAGCAGGAACCAGGUCUCCGAGAUGAAGAAGGACAUGAAUGAACUGUUACAGGCUUUGGAAGGUGCACAAUCUGAAGUAGAGUUGUUGAAGAAGGAAGUAGCGCGGCAGACGGGUCGGGCGGAACAAUGUAUUGCCUUGAAGACACAACUGGAUAAACAGACAUUUGAGUUGCAACAAGUUAAUAGUAAACUGAAGGAUUUAGAGUAUGAGAGAGAUUGUUACAAAGACUGGCAACAACAUGCUAAGACUGCUCAAAAACGUCUUAGUACAAUGGCUGAUUUAGAAAAAGAAGUAGUCAGACUAAGAGCUGCGGAACGCACACUCCGGGAUGCGGUGUGCAAUAAGUUACUGCUGGAGGAACAAGUGAAUGUGCUCUCCGCUAAAGUGGAAGCUUUGCAGCCGGUACAGCAAGAGUUGCAUGAGGCUAAGGUGAAAGUGGCACUACUGGAGUCAUCGUUAGAGGAGUGGGUGAGUUCUGCGAAGGCGCACGGCGUGGAGACGGCGCGCGCGCUCAGUGCCGCGCUGGAGUCCGCCUUCGCAGGACAACUCUCCGCAGUCGUUAACUGCUCUGAAGCUAAAACACAAAUGGCACAGCUCACUGAGGAAGUGGCAACAUUGAAGUUUGAACGCGACAAGGCGACGACGAAGCUCAACGACAUAAUGUCAGUGCGCAAGAGCCAGGAGAGUCUCAUACACCGGCUGCAGAAGCGAUUGCUUCUCGUUACGAGGGAAAGAGAUAGUUAUAGACAGCAGCUGGACUGCUACGAGAAGGAACUGACGGUGUCGCUGUGCGGGGAGGGCGGGGGCGGGGGCGGGGGCGGCGCGGCGCUGCUCUCGGCGCGCGUGGAGCAGCUGGAGAAGGCGCUGCAGGGCUACCGUGACCUACUCGCCACGCACGACCAGGAGGCACACGCUAAAGUUGUGGAGAGCUUGCGGCUGGAGGCGAGCAAGUGGCGCGAGGAGGCGGAGUCGUCGCGGCGGGAGGCGGGCAAGCUGCGGGCGCAGCGCGACCAGCUGCAGGCGCACCUCGACCGCCUCGUGCAGGCGCCGCAACCUCCUACUAAGAUACUCCAUCUUGUGGAGAACCCCGCAGCCGCGGCGCAUAAACAGAUGCAACUCGAUAUGGAAUCCGCACAAGAAGAGAUUAAAAGGUUAAAAGCAGCGCUCCGAGAAGGCGGUUCUGACGUGUGUCCCGAAGAAAUGCAACAAUUAAAACAACAGUUAGAAAACAGUCGGAUAAAACUGAAGAGAAUGAAGGAGGAGUUCACAUCGUCGGCCCAGGAAUAUAGGGAUGUGGUUUAUAUGCUACUCGGUUAUAAAAUAGAUAGGACAGGACAUAAGAAUUAUAGAAUAUCAAACAUGUAUGCGGAGUCAGCAGAGGAAUAUCUAACAUUCACAUUAUGUGAUGAUGGUAUUGAAAUGGUGCAUACAGAAUACUCUACUUCACUGAAUGAGCUGGUGGAACUACAUCUGCAUCAUCACAGGUCCAUCCCGCUGUUCCUCAGUGCGUUGACUAUGGAAUUGUUCACACGCACCACAAUGCAGCAAGAUAUUCAGUGAAUAAAGUGUUGAUCAUAAAUACUGUGGUGUUCUAAAGUGUCAAAAAUUAUUCUUACAAAAUUUUAAAUGAUGGUCUUUUAUCGAGAAACUUAAAUUAGUGUAAUAAGGACUUUCUGAUAAUAUGAAUCAGUGGAUAUCUUUCUUUAUAUAUUCUAUAAAAAUUAUGAUAAUU